AUGAUUCACUUCUUCCAAAUCCUCGCAUCCUCGCUCUUCCCCACCCCAUCCUCUUCUCGCCCUCACCUACCGCGCCACCAGCUGUGGCGACCGCAGCUAAACCCUUCAAACGUGGUGCGGCAGAUGCAAGAGGCGGGGCGCGCAGACGCGGCGCCGGUGGUGGUGAUGGCGCUGAUGGCGGAGCGGGAGGUUCGGCGCGCGCUGGCGGAGAGGACGGCGUGGGAUCGGCGCACCAAGCGCGCGGUCAUGCGCAUGGCGGCUGUUGCGCGCGCGUGCAAGGUGAGGGAGGAGGAGGAAGGUAGGGUUGGUAGGGAGUGCAGAGUGAGCGCGCUGAGGGAGGAUUCCACGUGGGGUGGCAGGGCGUGCAAAGCGGAGAUUAUUCGGUUCGAGGCUAUCGACCUCAUCAGACAUCGCAGGGGAGCCGGACGGCAGCAGAAAACGGGACACUAG